GCUGGGAGCCUGGCUGCCAGGGGCGUGUCAUCGCGGGGGCAGCCUGGGAGCGCUGCUGCGCCGCGCCAGGAGAAACAGCCGAGGACACCCUGUAAGAGCAGGAGUACGUGGGCCUGCGAGAAUGGCGCCAACACCAGCCCUGCAAAGCCACUUUCCAAAGCCGGGCCGAGGACAGCCACCGUUGCCCCGCAGGCCUCAAGGAUGACGGUCAAGCCAGCCAAGGCCGCCUCCCUACCCAGGAACCUCGCAAAGCGCAGGCGCACCUACCCGGGUGGCGCGACUGGGCGGAGUCAAGAGCCGGAAGUUCCUUGCGCCGCAGUCCUUCCCCGGAAACCCGCGGACCGGAACUGCCCGGAGUUCCCGCCCCCAGACAGAACCGUGGGUUGCUGGGCAACCGAUGCGGCCGCCGCUGCUGGUCUCUGUGGUGCUGGGAGCGAGCCCAGUAUAGCUCCCACCUCCUGCGCUGGUAACCUCCCGUCCUGCCCGCCUCCCUUGUUGUCGCCUCUCCUCGCGUCGCGGAAUCCUUGCCCUUGGCACUACUUACAUCUCUCCGGGUCCCACAACACCUUAGCGCCCACCUGCUUCAAAGCCAAGCUCCACCGGAAGCGAGGCAGUCAGCCCCCGGACAUGGCCUCGGCCCUGACUGAUCGCACCUCUCGUGCCCCGAGCACCUACACCUACACCAGCCGGCCCCGAGCACUGCCCUGCCAGCGCAGCCGUUACCGGGACAGCCUGACGCAUCCAGAUGAAGAACCUAUGCGUUAUGGAAACAUAAUGUAUGACAGAAGGGUAAUUCGAGGCAACACUUAUGCACUCCAGACAGGGCCACUGCUCAGACAGCCUGAUUCUCUAGAGCUUCAGAGACAACGGGAGGCUAAGAAGAGGGCUCUUGCCAGAAAACAAGCCCAAGAGCAGCUCAGACCACAAACACCUGAACCUGUGGAAGGCAGAAAGCAUGUCGAUGUGCAAACAGAAUUAUACCUUGAAGAAAUUGCUGAUCGCAUAAUAGAAGUUGAUAUGGAAUGCCAAACAGAUGCGUUUUUGGACAGACCACCAACACCACUCUUUAUUCCUGCCAAAACUGGCAAAGAUGUGGCCACUCAAAUACUAGAAGGAGAGCUCUUUGACUUUGAUCUUGAAGUUAAACCAGUGUUAGAAGUUUUGGUGGGGAAGACAAUUGAGCAGUCUCUUCUGGAAGUAAUGGAAGAAGAAGAGCUGGCUAACCUGCGGGCCAGUCAGCGUGAGUAUGAAGAACUACGGAAUAGUGAACGUGCUGAAGUUCAACGACUUGAAGAGCAAGAGAGGCGACACCGAGAAGAAAAAGAACGGCGUAAGAAACAGCAGUGGGAAAUAGUGCACAAGCACAACGAGACAUCACAAAAAGUCGCCGCCCGAGCAUUUGCACAGCGUUACCUGGCUGACCUUCUCCCGUCUGUUUUUGGCAGCCUCAGGGAUAGUGGCUACUUUUAUGAUCCCAUUGAAAGAGAUAUUGAGUUAGGAUUUCUUCCAUGGCUAAUGAAUGAAGUUGAAAAAACCAUGGAAUAUAGCAUGGUGGGAAGAACAGUGCUUGACAUGUUGAUCCGUGAGGUGGUUGAAAAGAGACUGCAUAUGUAUGAGCAUGGGGAAGACACACAUCAGUCUCCAGAACCCGAGGAUGAGCCUGGUGGUCCUGGAGCAAUGACAGAGUCACUGGAGGCCUCUGAAUUCCCGGAGCAGAGCAUGUCACAGACACAGAAGCUGCUUUUAGAUGGAGACUACUUACAAAGAACAACAUAUGACAGAAGGUCAUCCCAGGAAAGGAAGUUUAUGGAAGAGAGAGAGCUCUUAGGGCAGGAUGAAGAAACAGCAAUGAGGAAGUCCUUAGGGGAGGAAGAAUUGUCAUAGGAGGGAAGCUUCGAAGUCAUGAAACCAAUCAACAGCCAAGUCAGCAAGCAAUCAGGUAAUGAUGCGCAAGUCCCCUCAGGUUAUAGAAAUUAUGUUGUAUUUAGUCAGUAUGUCUUUUUGUGUAAUGGACUGGGCCAAUCAAAUGUGAUAAAAUAAAACUAAUUUGAAAAUGAAA